GUGGUGACCGCAUUCAGCCACCAUGACGACCUCAAACCUUGUGUUCAUACUCGCCCUCGUGGCAGGUGGACUUGCAGCGCCCUGGACAGCACAGGCGCCGAGAUGCUCCACCGAAUGCCCCAUCACCGGAUCCCCCAAGCUGGCCUACCAGCCUGAGAAGACCUACACGUACGCCUACUCCGGCAAGUCUCGAGUCCAGCUGAAGGGCGUGGAGGACGGCGUCACGGAACUCGAGUGGUCCAAGCAAGUGGAGCUAACGUGGAUCACUCCCUGCGACAUGGCCAUCACGAUCAAGCACGCCAAGGUGGAUGGUGCUGCAGGAGCUGAUAUAGGGUUCCUAGAGCGCUAUCCAUUGGUGGUGGCCGUGGUAGACGGGCGCAUCCAACACGUGUGCACUCAACCCGGCGACGCCCCUUGGUCCAUCAACAUGAAGAAGGGAAUCGCCACGACCCUUCAGAACUCCCUUCCGUCGCUCUCUCCUUUCAGCUCAGGACUCACUAUUACAGAGACAGACGUUGUAGGAAAGUGCCCAACGAAGUAUGAGAUUGAGACCGAAGGAGAAAAGGUCAUCGUCGUCAAGGAGAAGAACCACCGCCAAUGCCAAGAACGCUUCCCAACACCUGCAGAAACACCUGCCCCUUGGCUGAAGGCUCCCCUGCCAAUUGAAGAGUCCAGGUCAGAGUGCAAGCAGGAGAUCACCAAUGGCAUUUACACCGCCAUCAUGUGUCAGGACAUGAACAUUGUUCGACCUGCCUUUGGAAUCUACAAGUACGUGGAGGCCAACCAAGAGUCAACACUUCGCUUCAUCUCCGAGUCCAGCGAUGCCUCCGCCAUCAGUGCCAUCCCUCGAGGUGAAUUCCACAUUGAAAGUCUCUUGUACAACCAUGAAAUGGUGAAUGAACCAGAACUGGCACCUGAGGUUGAUGAAGUAAUGAAGCAGAUCUGCCAGAAGACCAUGGAGACUGUUGAGACUGAUGCUGCUGCACUGGUUGCUAAAGCCCUCCAUCUGUUACGACGUGUUCCUGUGUCCGUAGUUGAAGCAACUGCAGAGAAAGUGCGAGGAGGACGUUAUUGUGGCAACUCUGCCAGGUUAGAGAGCAUCUUCCUGGAUGCCAUUGCCUUCGUCCACGAGUCUGGUGCUGUCAAGGUCAUGGUCCAGGAAAUAGAAAGUGGACGAGCAACAGGAGGACGUCUUGCUCUUUACACAGCUGCUCUUUACCUCACCCCACGACCCAACAUUGAAGCUGUGGAGGCCCUGAAACCCUUGUUUGAGAGUCCCCGACCUGUGCCUUCCGUGGCUCUGGCUGCUGCCACCAUGGUUAACAACUAUUGCCGUCACACUCCCCAUUGCAACGAGACAGCUCCAGUCAAGGAGAUUGCUGAGAUCCUGGCCGCCAAAGUCCAAAGACAAUGCUCUCCUUCUGCCGGCGAAGAAGUCGAGAAAGAAGCCCUUGCAACACUGAAAGCACUAGGCAACAUGGGAGUUAUUACACCUGCAGUAACAAGAGCAGCAGUUGGCUGCAUUGAACAAGAGGGAGUAGAAACUAGCAUUCGAGUAGCAGCCGCACAUGUCUUUAGGCAUACUCAGUGUGCUCACUAUGUUACAGGAAAGCUUAGUGACAUUGCAGUUCAUCCAAGUAUGGCUACUGAAGUUCGAAUUGCAGCUUAUUUGGGAGCAAUCAGAUGUGCUGAAGAGGAACAUCUUGAGAAGAUUAUUUCGAAGAUUUCUGAGGAACAAAAUACUCAAGUGCGAGGUUUCAUUUUGAGCCACUUGUUGAACAUCCAAGAAUCUGCCUCACCUGACAGAGAGCGUCUACGCUACCUCCUCACAAACUUCGUCAUUCCUAGAAACUUUGAUGGGGAUAUCAGGAAACACUCUCGCAACAUUGAGAUGUCUUACUUUUCUCCUCUCGGUAUUGGUGCUGGUGUGGAGUCCAAUGUCAUCUACACUCCCGAAUCUUUCCUUCCUCGCUCUGUUGAUCUGAAUCUCCGAACAACUAUUGAGGGCUUGGACAUCAGUUUGGGAGAGGCUGGCAUCCGACUUGAAGGCUUAGACCCAAUCAUUAAGGAACUAGUUGGUCCAGAAGGAUAUCUUCGAAAGGCAUCAUUUGGACGCAUUUUGAAAGACAUUGUUGCAUUUGCUGAAGAGAAGGGACAUCGUAUUGCAGAGCAUUUAGAAGAAAGCCUUCGAGAAAAGAGGGCCAUCAGCGCGUCUACCAUUUCCAGAUUUUUCAAAAAGCUCUAUGGAGAGAGGAAAGAGGGCGAAGUCCGAGCUGAUAUAUUCGCAAGGAUCUUUGGACAUGAAGUGACAUAUGCUACCAUUGCUGAAGACCUGAAGGAGUUGGAUGCUGACAGAAUAAUUGAGUCACUCUUCUCUUACUUUGAUGCCAUCCUUCCCAAUAUUCACAAUCUGGACAUUGACUCUGCCCGCACAGCCCAAAUAUUCCUUGACUACUCUUUGCCUACUAUUCAAGGUACUCCUCUCAAGCUGAAGUUGGAAGGAACUGCCAUCGUGGGAAUCAAACUGGCUGGUGAUCUUAAUAUCAUUGAACUCUUCACCAACCCAGCAAAUGUUGAGAAGAGUCUCAAACUGAUUCCAAGUGCAUCAAUUGCAGUUAGUGGUUUUGUUGGCUAUGACUGCCACAUUGCUAAGGUAGGAACUGAACUGAAGAGCACCAUUGCAACUGCUAAUGGAGCCACCAUUAACAUCAAGAAGAAUAGCAACAACGUAUUUGAGUUUGAAUUGGAGCUUCCAGAGAAGAUGGAACUAUUCAGUGUCAAGGCAGAGACCAACCUUAUCAAAGCUAUUGGAAAGAGAGUGACGAAGGUCAGUCCACCAUCCAUGAGGGACGUUAGGAUUCACCACCAGAAAUGCAUGGAUGCUUUUGAGCCAGUGUUUGGUAUCAAGAUGUGCUAUGAAAUGAACUUCCCAGAUAUCUUCCGUAGCACUGCUAUGCCUCUUGGAGAACCCAUUGUUGCCAAGUUGUACAUUGAGAAAGCGGAUCCUUCCAUGAAAGGUUACCGAAUGACUACUGCCACCAAGAACAAGAGAGGUAAUAAGGUUAUCAAAGUUAACAUUGAAACUCCUGGAGCUGCAACACCACGACAAGCUGAACUGACUAUGUCCUAUACCAAGGAACAAACUUCACACGUUGUUUCUGCCAAAAUUGAAUCGUCUAGCACCUCAGUAGGACUAUGGACAACCUUAACAAAUGAGGGAGAACACAAAGCUCUUGAGACCUUUGUAAAGUUCAAGUCCGGAAUAUAUGAUAUUUCACAGGCAAUUAAGGUCGAAUUUAAUGGAAAGGAAGCCGCUGAUGAAAUGCAAUAUGAAAUAAAUGUCUUCACUGGACGGAACAAGAGGUUAACCACAGAGUCUAAAAUUGUAGAAGCUAAAUUUAUCAAGAAAAUGAAUGGUCCUGAGGUGGAAGUAAUCUGCAAGACAAUGAAUGCACUUAGGGAAUUCAUGGAUCUGAACAUUGAGGUUGAUGGAGACUUCAGAUUCAAUCCAUAUAUGUGCAUGGUAGUUCCAACAGCAGUACGCAAGAUUGAGUUCCACACAGCUGUUGGAGCCUGGAAAGUCAUAUCCUAUGUCCGCAAGGUGGCUGAAACCCCAGCAGCAGAACAUCAUGCCUUAAUCAAGAUUGAAAAAGGAACCAGAGAUAUCAUGUCUGUAGACGCUAUCAUGAAGACUAAAGGAAGACUGUUCAGGAAUAUGAUGAUUGAGAAUGAAAUUAAAGUUAGCAUUGGAAGGAAGUCAUACAAAGCUUCCAACAACUUUUUCUUGGGAGCAUCGAAGAUGGGAGCACAGUUGGAGGUUAUUAAACCCAAAGACAGCUUGAAGAUGAUUGAAUUUGAAGCUUUGUAUGAACGAUCUGCAAAGGCACACAAUGCCCGUAUAAUAGUUGAUGCUCCUGGAUAUAUGCAGGCAAUCAAGUUUGAAAGCAAAAUAAAUGAAGAAGAACAAGGUAAAUUUGCUAUUGAAUCGGUCCUUAAGCAUGGACAGUAUAUGUUGCUACAGCUUGAUGGCCCAGUCACCUACAUUUACUCAACAAGGAAGCUAAAGUUUGAAGCUGAACUGAAGGUUGCUAUGCUUGACAUGGAACCUCAUAUUAUUUCUACAACUAUACUUGGAAGCAGCAAUAAACAGAUUCUAGAUUUUGAGAUGAAGAACAGACAAGAAAGUCUUUUUGCCUUCAAAUGGCUCCUGACUUCCGAGGUGGGGCCAGAACAGAAGACUAUUAGCAACACCAAGCUCAUAGUCCCUGCUUUCAUGGAGUUCUUGUUCGACAUCUCACUCAUACAAAACAACAUUCAUUUGAGCCUCAACACAGCGGUCCUUCCCAAAAGUGAGUCUGCACAUCGCAUAAAGACUUUUGUAGAUAUCGACGGUGAAAACAAGAAGAUAAAGGCUGAAUUUGCUUGGGAUGCAGAUCGUAACCCUGAUAGGAAGCUUGUUGUGGAUGCAAAUUUAAUAAGCAGCUCCUCUGACCUAGGCCAUGCUUCCAUUCAUGGAAACAUCAUAAUUGCUGGUGAGCCAUACCACAUGAAGCUAAGCCUGAAUGCUGAAGAUAUCCUGGCAUCUGGCUUCGAACUGGAAGUUACCACACCUUCCCAAAAGACUCUUGCCAUGGAAGCCAGCUACAAAAUCGAGGACCAACGACCCAUCACCAGAGUUAUUACCAUGUUCAGGUACAAGAACACUGAAGAUAAGGAGCAUAAAUUCACAGGUUCUGUUGCCGCUGAGAAACUUGAGGGUCCAUACAGCUAUGCUCUUGACACCAAGGUGAUUUACAUAGCCCCUGAAGGAAAGGAAACAAGGUUGGAGACCAUACUGAAACAUCACAAAAUGCCAGAGGCACGUGUGGUACUCUUUAAGGUUGAUGCUGAAGGCCUUGUCCUAAGGAAGCCCCUCGUGGUGGAAUUCUUCAUUGAAAACAAAGAAGGCUCUUACGAAGGCAAAUGCACAAUGACAAGAAAUGCUCCUAAAACUGUCUUUGACUGGGAUGUGAAGAUCCUUCCCCAUGGUGAAAUUGAAGCCAUUGAAGCAGGACUGGAUUUGAAGGCAACAGUUCAGCUACUGAAGGUUGUCCGUGCUGCACUUACCUUUGAGAAGGAGGAAAGAAUUGAGAGAUCCGAGUCAGCUAACUAUCGCUAUCAUUAUAGUAAGCCAACACCAACAUCAUACCAUGUUACUGUACAAACUCCAUCACGCACAAUGCAGGGUGAAGCCCACAUCUCAGCUUCACAGUCAGGAAUCAAGUUCUAUCCCAACAAACGCAACUCUGAGUCCACAUAUGAAAUUGGAUACAAGGCUACCCACACGGGCAACCAAGGCAGAUGGGAAAGCCAAAUUAACCAUCCGGUUCUUCCAAAGCCCAUGCAGUUUGCUCUUCAGUACGCAGCUGACCGAACAGCUGUGGAAGGAACUGUAGAACUGGAUAUUUUCCCAUCUAGUGCAGACAAAAUCACUGGCCACCUUGCAUCAACUCGAGUAUCAGAAAACACCAUUAGAACUGAAGGUUCCAUUGUCAGCAGGAUUCUGAAAGUGAAUCCAAAACUUAUUCUGACUACAGCCAUUGCCUCAGACACAGUUGGUUUAGAUGUAGAAUUCAAAAAAUCUCCUUCUGCACCACCAUCCAUUAAGGUUAUUGCCAAAUACGACAAAACUAGCCCAAAGAAUGCAGUCCUGGCUUUCACUAUAGACUACGAAAACACUCCAGUAUUUGAAGUGUCUGGGGUAAUGAAGCCUGAUGAGACCCCUACAUGUAAUGGCUUGGCUGUGUCUGCUGUUGUCUACACACCUGUUCUGGGAACACAUGACAUCCACUCAAGAAUGUGCAAACCUGCUUUUGUAGAGGUGACCACCAACAAGCAAGGCACUGAUAGGAAAUACAUUGCUAGGAUCGGUCUUCAGGCACCCGAUAAUGCAGAAGUUAGUCUGAGCAAGGGAACAACACAGUCUGUGGAGGAGUAUCCUAUCAUCCUCGCUCGCCUGGAGAUGGUUGAUCCUACAGUGAUCAGAGUUGGCUUUGCUUAUGAGCGUCCAGAACUCUAUCGUAUGAAGGAUUUGAUUCAGGAAAAACUCUCAAUUGUCAAGACCUCUGUGGGAGCUGCAGUUCAAGAGAUCUUUGAGGAAGUAGCAGGGUCUUCAGCAAGCAUGCAAGGAUCAGAGUUUUCCACUCUAAUAGCUGAAGUUAAAGAAGAACUGGGGAUGAUCUACCAGGAUCUGGUCGAAGAUAGCAAGCCAUUCCUUGGAGAAAUGCCUUCCUUUGGUCGUAUCAAGAACAGCUUCAGGCGUAUGAUUCGAAUUUGGGCUCAGCUUGAGAAGAGCAUCAUUCAAGAACGCAAGAAGAUGAUCAAUGUUUGUCUAAUGAUGGUGAAAGACAUUACCACUCAGAUGUUUACAGUUUUGAAGGAGAUAGUUGAGGUUCUAGAGACUGGAGAGAUUCCUGAACCUGUACGCCAUAUAGUAGAAGAACUGAAAAGCAGUGAAGUGUAUGAGAUCAUCAAGGGAUCAAUGAACGAAUUGCUGGAUAGUUACCCAGAGGAAUAUGAGGCCAUUAAGUAUGUUGCAAUCAACGUGAUGAGUUCCCUCAAGAGAGACUUUGACCUCAUGUUUGAGAGAAUCAUGGAAGUCCCUGCUUUCCAAAGGAUUAUCAACUGGAUCAUGGAAAACCUGAAUUCUGGCCGUCUUGCAGCAGUAGAGGCAAACACACUGGCAGGGAUUCUUCUUGAGGACUUCCACGUACUUGGCGUGAAGACAGAGGAGAACCAACUCAUUAUUGAGAUCCCACUGUAUAAACCUUUGUAUUCAGUGGCGCAGUUUAUAAAGGAAGUGAUUAAUCCAUAUGAAAUCCGCAAAGACUUUACGUGGCUGAUUGAUGGCACACUCCCUUAUACUCUUGAAGACUUUAUCUGGAUGUAUUACACCUUCGUGCCGCAGCAAAUCACGGAUCUGUUGCCACCUUACCCUCGGACAGCCAUGGUGGUAGGUGGUACCGAGAUCCUCACCUUCGACGGCCUUGUAGUGCGAGCACCUCGAUCCCCCUGCAAGGUCCUAUUGGCCGCCCAUGGUUCCCAUACCAUCAUGAUGUCCCACCCACAGCCCUCAGCUCCUGCAGAGAUUGAGCUCAAGACAGCAGAUGCCACCAUUGUCAUCAAGCCUGAUGCUGAAGUGCUUGUCAACGGUCAGCCAAUCAGAGGAUCAGAGGAGACUGCUGGAAAGAUUAGAAUUGAGAAGAAUGCUGAAGAGAUAGUGGUACAGUGUCCUUUGAUGAAGAUCAUUGUGUCUAAGAAGAGCGAGGUUGUGGCCAUAAAGGCUUCAGGAUGGACCUUUGGCCAUGUGGCAGGGCUUCUGGGUCCCAACAACGGAGAAAUUGGAGACGACCGCCUCAUGCCCAACGGUGCAGAACCCUCAAGCCCCCGCGAGGUGGUGGCUUCCUGGCAGGAGAGGAAGCAGUGCUCCAUGCCCGAGAUUCCCCAUGCCAUACCCACAGUAGCUCGCGUGAUGAAGUGUGAAGCACUCCUCAGGAUCCGGUCACAGUGCAUCGCGGUGGUGGAACCAGAACCCUUCAUCCAAAUGUGCCACGCCGCCCAGAACGCCUGCGACGCCUUUACUGCUUUCAGGACCUUCUGUGCUCUAAAGGGAGUUGUAGAGGCAUCCCUAUUCCCUUGCUAAGUGGGAAGCUGCAUUCAGUCCAUACUGAGAUCAAAUGAAGACCCACCAGUGAAUGAAUGUCAAAUACUAUUAUCCAUAUUAUUUUUGUUUUAUGACUGCAUGUAAAAAUGAAAAAAAU